AUGAAGGUGGAGGGCAGUUUGAGCGAUGCGGGUGGCGAAGAAGAUUCGCGUGAGCAAGGCAGCGGCAGUACCGAUUGCUGCAUCUCGCGGUUGCUCAGCGUUGUUGAGAGUGAGUUGCAGGCCGGUCGGGAAAAGGGUGAUCCCACGGAGAAACAGCUGAAAGUGAGCCUAGAGGAGUCUGAGCUCUGGAGGAAAUUUAAGCAGGUCACCAAUGAAAUGAUCGUCACCAAAAACGGCAGGAGAAUGUUCCCGGUCCUGAAGGUCAAUGUCUCCGGCCUGGACCCUAACGCCAUGUACUCUUUCCUGUUGGACUUCGCCCCUGCUGAUGGCCACCGCUGGAAGUAUGUCAACGGGGAGUGGGUACCGGCCGGCAAGCCUGAGCCCCACAGCCACAGCUGCGUCUACAUUCACCCAGAUUCCCCAAACUUUGGGGCGCACUGGAUGAAAGCUCCCGUGUCCUUCAGCAAAGUCAAGCUCACCAACAAACUGAACGGAGGAGGACAGAUCAUGUUGAACUCCCUGCACAAAUACGAGCCGCAGAUCCACAUUGUGCGCGUCGGGGGAAACCACCGGAUGGUAACCAACAUCUCUUUCACGGACACGCAAUUCAUCGCGGUCACGGCCUAUCAGAACGAAGAGAUCACUGCCCUGAAGAUAAAGUAUAACCCGUUUGCAAAGGCAUUCUUGGAUGCUAAAGAAAGGAACCAUCCAAAGAAUCUUCUAGAUGCUCAGUCCGAGAACCAACACCUUGGUAUAUCUCAUUUAGGUGGUUGGCUGAUCUCAAAUUCAGACACCCUCUGUUCCUCCGGCGGUGGAAACUACCCGUACGGCGGGGGCCUGCCCCUCACCCCCCCUCACGGAUACGACCGCUACCCUCCCCUGCGCGGUCAUCGUCACACGCCUUACCCCCCUUCGUACAUCCACCACCGUAACCACAGCCCAGGGUCCAGCAGUCCAGGUGGGCUACCAGUGUUCACUGCACCUGAGAGCUGGACCCCCCUGUCCCCCUCAGCACACCCCGGCAUGCUGCCCGUCUCUGCCCCCUCCCCCUCUCCAGCAAGCAACAGCCAGUAUCCUUGCUUGUGGGCUAUGAGCAACUGCAACGUCAACUCCUCCGGGCCAGCAGGAGGCAGUGUGGGCUGUAUCCAGGGCCAGGUGGUGCGCAGCAGUGGGACCUCUGCGUCGUCCUCUCCUUGCUCCCUGCUGCAGGGAGGGGCCUCUGCUCCCAUGGAAACAGGGGCGGAGCAUACUCACAUCAGGCUGGGAGGGGCAAGCUGGGCCGCGAUCACCACCCACUCACUCUGA